AUUAGAGAGGGAGGGAGAGCCCACCACAGUGUAUAGGAGUUGUGCUCUCUACACUGGUAAUCAGCUAGUAACUGGUAACGUGGUGCUGGCGAGGGUGUCCCUGCUUCACGGUGGAGCUGUAGGAUUCAGGAUACAUCUACUGAAAUGGGAGGGCAGAGUCCAUAGAGAAGCUCAGGCAAAGCUGACCAACCUUAGUCCUGGAAGCCACAACGUUCGCUGGUUUAGUUUUUUCACCUUAAAAUCAACAACCAAGUCAAGAAGUCAGAGAUGAGUCUGGACAGCGAUCUCAUGUCGGAGGUGCAGUUUGAAUGCUCCAUAUGCCUGGACGUCUUCUCCAACCCGGUGUCCCUCCCGUGCGGCCACAGCUUCUGCCAGGCCUGCAUAGGGGGGUACUGGGACAGCACCGACCUCUGCCUGUGUCCCCUCUGCAAGGAGUCUUUCCAGGAAAGGCCGAAGCUUCGAAUCAACCGGAGCCUUUCCGAAUUCGCCGAGUUUUUCAAGAAGAAGAAGAAGAAGGGCGGGGCGAGCGGGCCCGAGCAGCCGUGCGCCAAGCCGGGGCAGGUGGCCUGCGACGUCUGCACGGGUCCCAGGCUCCGGGCCGCGCGCUCCUGCCUGGUGUGCCUGGCGUCGUACUGCGAGGGGCACCUGGCGGCUCACAGCGCCCGCUUCUCCAAGCACCUGCUGGUGGACCCCCUGCCCAACCUGGAGGACCGGAUGUGCCCCAAGCACCAGAGGCCCCUGGACCUGUUCUGCAAGAGCGAGCGGACGUGCGUCUGCGUGCAGUGCGCCAAGCCCGACCACAGGGGGCACACUGUCGUCUCCGUGGAGGACGCGGUCCAAGAGUUUAAGACUCUGCUGAGGAAAUCUGUGACAGAGGUGCAUCAUAUGAUCCAUGAGAGAGUGAGGAAAGUGGAGGAGAUUGGGCAGUCUGUUGAGCUCAGUAAAGCGAGUGUGGAGAGAGAGGCCGCCGCCGGCGCGCAGGUCAUCGGCGAGCUGAUGAGCUCCGUCGCCGCCGUCCGGUCGCGGCUGACCGAGGCGAUCGAGGAGCAGCAGAGGGCCGCGUGCAGACGCGCCGAGGGCCUCGUCGGCGAUCUGAAUCGCGAAAUCUGCGACCUGAAGAGCAGGAACGCUGACCUGGAUCAGCUCCUACACACCAAGGACUGCAUCCACUUCCUGCAGGGUUUCUCGUCGCUGAGCGCCCUGCCACACAUGAAGGACUGGUCAGACAUCGCUGUCCACGCUGAUCUGUGUGUGGACACCACAAGGACAGCCAUGUCACAAAUUGAGAAAACGCUUAAAAAAUUACUGCAGAACUUGUCUGAAAGUGAGCUGAGAAAAGUACAGCAGAGCGCAGUUGACGUCACUCUGGAUCCGAAAACGGCGAACCGCUGGCUGAUUGUGUCCGAGGACGGGAAGCAGGUGAGAGAGGGGGACGGGGAACAGGACGUCCCAGACGGCCCGGAGAGGUUCAGCGACUGCGCCUGCGUGCUGGGGAAAGAAGGCUUCUCCUCCGGGAGGCGCUACUGGGAGGUGCAGGUGGGGGACAAGACGGACUGGGACCUGGGCGUGGCGAGCCAGUCCGCCAACAGGAAGGGGGACAUCGAGGUGAGCCCGGAGGAAGGCUACUGGACCAUGUGCCUCAGAGACGGGACGGAGUACAGCGCCUGCGCCAACCGCUCCUUCACCCUGGCCCCGCCGGCGAGGCUGCGGACCGUGGGCGUGUAUGUGGACUACGAGGCGGGCCAGAUCUCCUUCUACAACGUGGACGCCAGGUCCCACGUGUACACUUUCCACGGGACCUUCAGCGGAACGCUCUACCCCUUUCUCAGCCCCUAUCUGAGUGACAGGGCACGCAACUCCACCCCGCUGGUCAUCUCCCCGAUUGGGAUUGAGAUCGGUACCGCUGACUGAUAAGAGUGUGGCAUGGAGGGGGGCAUGGAAAUGAAGUGGUGGAGCAUGUUUUAAGAAGUUUUGGUAUGAAAAUGGCAUAUACCAAACAAUUUUGAGGGCUCCGUGUUCGAGAACUUAAGUCUGAAUUUACAUUGCUUUGCAAUGGUUCUACUGCAUUCAUUGGAAAUAUAUAUAUACCAUAGCUACUUCCAUAUUAAUAUAAUAAAAUGGGAUAAAACAAAGACUCAUUAUAAAGAUAUUAUAAAUGUGUUAUAACUGCUAGGGUGUUUGGGUUAAUGCAUAUGUAUUUUAGGGCAUUCUGUUUUGGACCGCAAAAAUGUCAAAGGAGAGAAUGGAAAUUUAUGCGUUGUACCUGCUACAGAUGAUUUAUUGUGGCUGGUGGCCCUUGCGGCAAAGGUAAUUGCGCUUGCUUUUCAACGUCUGGGAAAAGCAGGUUUUAACUUAAACCUUCCAGCACCUGUUACUGUUGCUAUAGUUCUACAUGUUAUUUCAAUUGUUUCCGACUGCUGCACAAGAUAUUUAUAUAAUUAAUAAACCCACCUUAAAAAAAUAA